UAGUUGUGUAUAUUUAGACUAGCUGGUUGUGUGAGUGCGAUCGUUUACCGUGCCGGAGGCGUUGCACGCAGGUAGCAGAUAAGCUAAAUUUAGCAAACCAACUAGAAUAUGGCUACAGACAGUUGUUGUAAUAUAUUCAGUAAGUCAGCUAACGUUAGGUGACGGGUUUUUUUGUCAUUCGGAUAGUAUCCUUCAUGAAUUCAUUCAAAAGAUAUUUCGACUAGACUGGGUCCUUAGCCUAUAAAAAAAAAAAAAUCAAUUUUGAUCAAUUCAAAAUGUUGCCUGUUUAACAGCAUGGAAUGAACGGGGCACGUUCUCCAGCGACGUUAAAUACAUUGCUAGUCUAGCGACUUACAAAAAUCCUUGCCCCACCUUUUAGGCAGUAUUGUCCUUCAAACGGACGGAUGCAAUAUCCGCUGUCAUUUUCUCGAAUACAUUUCGACAGUGUAGACAAUGUCCACCAUGGUGUACCCACGGGAGGAGGCUUUGGAGAGGCUUAGCCAGGAUGAAAUCGUCCUCAACACGAAGGCCGUUAUCCAGGGCCUGGAGUCUCUCCGUGGCGAGCAUGCCCAGCUCCUCACCUCUCUGCUGGACUGCGGUCCACCCGCUGCCCAGGAGAAGUCCGGCCUACUGCGCAAGAGCCUGGAGGCGAUCGAGCUGGGGCUGGGCGAGGCGCAGGUGAUCAUCGCGCUGUCCAGCCACCUGAGCGCGGUGGAGUCGGAGAAGCAGAAGCUGCGGGCGCAGGUGCGGCGGCUGUGCCAGGAGAACCAGUGGCUGCGGGACGAGCUGGCCGCCACGCAGCACAAGCUGCAGAAGAGCGAGCAGAGCGUGGCGCAGCUGGAGGAGGAGAAGAAGCACCUGGAGUUCAUGAACCAGAUCAAGAAGUUCGACGACGACGUCUCGCCCUCGGACGAGAAGGCCAGCGAGACCUCCAAGGACAGCCUGGACGACCUGUUCCCCAACGACGACGACCAAGGGCCAGCCCAGCCCAGCGGAGAGGCUGCAGCCCAGCAGGGGGGGUACGAGAUCCCGGCCCGGCUGCGGACCCUGCACAACUUGGUGAUCCAGUAUGCCUCCCAGGGCAGGUAUGAGGUGGCUGUGCCCCUCUGCAAGCAGGCCCUGGAGGACCUGGAGAAGACCUCCGGCCACGACCACCCCGACGUGGCCACCAUGCUCAACAUCCUCGCCCUGGUGUACAGGGACCAGAACAAGUACAAGGAGGCGGCGCACCUGCUGAACGAUGCCCUGGCCAUCAGGGAGAAGACCCUGGGCAAGGACCACCCCGCGGUGGCCGCCACCCUCAACAACCUGGCCGUGCUCUACGGCAAGCGGGGCAAGUACAAGGAGGCGGAGCCCCUGUGCAAGCGAGCCCUGGAGAUCCGCGAGAAGGUCCUGGGCAAGUACCACCCGGACGUGGCCAAGCAGCUGAACAACCUGGCGCUGCUGUGCCAGAACCAGGGCAAGUACGACGAGGUGGAGUACUACUACCAGCGCGCCCUGGAGAUCUACGAGUCCAAGCUGGGCGCCGACGACCCCAACGUGGCCAAGACCAAGAACAACCUGGCCACGUGCUAUCUGAAGCAGGGGAAGUUCAAAGACGCCGAGUCGCUGUACAAGGAGAUCCUGACCCGGGCUCACGAGAAGGAGUUCGGCUCGGUCAACAAUGACAACAAACCCAUCUGGAUGCAUGCGGAGGAGAGAGAAGAAAGCAAGGGCAAACGCAAGGACUCAGGCCCCUAUGGGGAGUACGGCAGCUGGUACAAGGCCUGCAAAGUGGACAGCCCUACAGUCAAUACCACCCUGAAAAGCUUGGGGGCACUGUAUCGCCGGCAAGGAAAACUUGAGGCUGCUGAAACACUGGAAGAAUGUGCCACUAAAACACGCAAACAGGGCAUUGAUGCCAUUAACCAGAGUAAGGUGGUGGAGCUGCUGAAGGACGGGGCGGCGGGAGUGGGCGAGCGACGGCAGAGCCGGGAGGCGCUGAACGGGCCGGGGGGGACGCGGGGGGAGUGCGAGGGCGAAGACGGGGCCGAGUGGAACGGGGACGGUAAUGGCGCCCUUCGCCGGAGCGGCUCCUUCGGGAAGAUCCGCGACGCGCUCCGCAGGAGCAGCGAGAUGCUGGUGAAGAAGCUGCAGGGCAGCGGGCCCCAGGAGCCGCGCAACCCAGGGAUGAAGAGGGCCAGUUCCCUCAACUUCCUGAACAAGAGUGCAGAAGACCCUGCACAGGAGGCCAAUGCAGGCCUAUCAGAAUGCAGAGGACUGAGUGCCAGCAAUGUGGACCUGUCAAGACGCAGCUCUCUGAUUGGCUGAAGUCUAGAAUUUUGGUGGGGCGGAAGAAGGAAUGCUUCAUGAUAAGGGUAUAUCCUGCCCAAUAUAAACAAAAAUAUGCUGAAAAGAAUUCUCUUUUAUAGAAAAAUUCAUAAAAACGAAAGAGAAAAAAAAACACAUGGCUUUGGCUUGAGACAGCUUUUGUGAUCAACACUGGAACACUGUUAAACUACACUGGAAAUGAUCAAACAAGUAUAAAAAAGAAAAAAAAAGUAGAAAGUAAUCCAGCAUGCUGCUUCCUAGGCUUGGGGUCGAAUGUCUGCAAGGGAGACACCUACUGGUGGAUUUGAGUAAUAACAUCAUUGAAAAAUCGCUGGUUAUGUUACAAAGGACCCUCUUUUCUGCAGACACUCCAUCUCAAAUGUUAGAAUCAGAUUUCAAUCUUAAAGUAAAAAAAAAAGGUUGCAUAUAUAUAUAUAUAUUUCAGUAGUGGCAUGUAUUACUGCAGACGCUUCCCACCUGUUCGAUAGAAAACACCAUCACCAUGACAAAACUGUUUUGGAAAAUUAAAACUGAGAAUUGAACAAGUUGAAUAAGAGUUGCCUUUUGCAACUGUUCAGUCAAAGAAGAUGAGAUUGAGAACACAAUUGUUUUUUUGGAUCACCUUUAAAAGAAGUAUUUAAACAAGUAUGAAAUGAGAGAAAAAAACAGCACUGCAUACAAUUGAACCUCACUUUUUGCCUUCUGUGUGUAUAUAUAGGUAUAAUUUAUUGACUUUUCUUCUCUGUAUAUAGCACACCAAGAUUUUGUUGAUGCUGUAGGCUUUAGGCAGGUUGUUGAAUAGUUUUGGAGAGGAACUAUGAAGGGGGAACUUGUUUUGAAAAGUUAUGAAGGGGCACUUGGAGCUCAGUUCACAUUAUCUCCAUGUGGAAAUGUAGAAAUGGUAAAACCAACUCAUCCGAUAAGUGGCAUAUCCAUAAAAGACGAUUUAGGUCGAGAGUAGUUUGUGAUCUCCUCUCGCCGAGAGUCAGGCGUGAGAAAAAUACGUUGAUUUGGAUGGUAGCUGCAUUAUUAGUCUUUGCCUUUUGUGUCGUACAUUUGUAUUGCCGAACCUCAUAGCAGUAACAUGGACACCUCUGUCACACCUCUGUUCGUCCCUUCUCCGAUUAAACGUGUCGUAUUUCUGUAGAAUUCGCAAGGUGUUACAAUCGACUGCGAUUGGCUUACAACGAGUCAGGUGGGCUGCAGUUGGGGCCAAUCAGGAAUUGGAAUUUCCUGAGUGUUCACGAAUAUAGCGAUGGACAGCCACCUUCCACUGCACUGAAAGGUGACCAAUACAAGGGUGCCGUCUUCUGGUUUACCAGCACCUUUAAACGGGUGGAUCACUGCCCUUUCGGCACCUACCUUUGCUCUGUUGCCGAAAAUACGGUCAUUGUUUUGUCCCGUUUGGUUGUGCAGUGAGUUGUUUGUCGACUCGCUGCCUUGAUAUCCGAUAUCCAGCUUGAUGUGCACUUGAAAAGAAACUGGUACUCACCGACCGCAGUCCUAGUCCCCGCUCACAUCGGUGCCUUGUGAACUCGAUUGACUCAAGACCUGAAAACACUGUUUUUAGUCCCACGCAAACUGCCCCUGCUGAGAAGGUUCAUCCAUUUUCAGUGGAAUUAACGAGGGCCACAUUUAUCGGAAAGGUUCAGAUUUACUUUACAAAUCGCUUUGGCAAAAUUGACUCAAUUCCGCCCCUAUUUGGAAUUUAUAUGAAAGGUGUUUUUCAGUUUUCCAGGUCAAAUUAAGUUGUGUUGGUCUUGUGGGUUUAUCACCUUACGCCCAGUCAACUGCAAACACUUCCUGUUACACUAAUAUUUUCAGUGUAGUCCAUGUGUGUACUUAUUCAACCUUACGUUAAGGCGAACACAUCAGUGAACUUUGUGUUAUUCAUUAUUUGAAUGAAGAUUUUGUUUUUGUUUUUUUUUACUUGGUACUGGUGCUUAUUAGGUUAUUAAUGUUGGAUAUCAUUUUGCCGUGUGUGUAUAAAGGUCCAUCUUGUUUCUCAGAAUUGGCUGGUAUAGAGAGGACCAGCUGUAGACAGAAUGUGUUUUUGGUAGGAUGAGGGUACAAAUAACUAUAUGCUGUACGUUGUGGCUACCAGUUAAAAUUGCUGGGGGGAGGGGUUGUGAUUUUCUAUUU